AUGGCCCGGGAACACUUUUCUAGUCUUUUUAAAUGUCAGCAAAAUUCAAGUGGAUUCCAAACUGCCUCAAACUUUUUGUACCAACUCAAAAAAUGGACUGAAACUUACCUGGCCUGUGGCCCAAGACAGCCCAGCCCAGCCUUUCCUCUGUCGUGUUCUCCUCCCCCUGUUCAAUCGACCGAGGGCGCGCGCCCGCGCGUCGCCGCUGGACUAGCUCGCCGUUCCGCGCCUCGUCAGCGCAGCGAGGGGAUAAGGCUGACGCCACGGUCCCCAGAUAUUUUUCCCCCGCCUGCUCUCUCUCUCUCUCGGCCAUGUGCUCACGCUCUCUCUCACUCUCUCUCGAUCUCGAGCUCGCCCAAAGCUGCCGCCGAGCACCGCUCGAUCCCGCGACCACCGAGCCCCUCCGGCCUCGCCGAGCUCUCCUGGAGCUCCAUCGCCGUUGUCCUCUUCGUUCGGUGCCAUUGGGUGAAGGCGGGGAGCAGCACAGCAGCGCCGACGACUCGAUCCCCUUCUUCGGUCGCUGGACGCCGCCGCCGUCGAUUCGGCCUCCCUCUGCGCUCCCGUUCACUCGAGGGCCUUCGUGUGCCGCGCCACCCCGAGACCGAUGCUGCCCCUGUGAUCGACUAUGUCACCGACGACCCCUCCUUGCCAGAGCAACCAGAGAAAGAAAUAUGUCCAGGAGAAUGUACCAAGGUGGUUCCUCAACUAAGAGAGGACCUAGGUGUGCUAUGCGCGAGCAAGACGAUGAACCACCAAGGGAAGCCAGAGUGCGGGCUUGCGAAUGGCCAUCGGAAGAGUUUAUGGUCAAUGCAGGCAUCAAGGAUGAAUUUGACGCGUAUGUGCGUAAUGCCGAUCUUGAGGACUUCAUACAAGAUAAGUUUCCUCAGUACUACCAAUUGACUGAUUCAUUCAUGAGAAGGUUUAAAUUUUCAUCUUCGCGUAAUUCUCAGAAUGUCAUGUUUGAUAUUUAUGAUGAAUCUUAUACCAUGGACCUAGAAGAUUUUACUACUACUUGCAAACUCCCGCAGUGGGGCAAUGUUCAUGAACCCCACAAAUCUGAAUAUAAAGAUUUCCUCGCUAGUAUCAUUGUUGGAGAAUCUAAGGAUAUAACACAAGCUACCAUAGGGAGCAUUCAUUUUCCUGCUAUACAUUAUUUUGCUCUCUUCAUUGAUAGAUGCAUUAACGGUAAAGAUGAAGCAUGUCACAUGUGUGUCCCUGAUCUUUGUGUCCUCAAGAGUGUUGUAUUAGGUAAUAAAGAUUAUAACUUGGGGUCAAUAGUUGCACGUAGGUUGCAUAAUAAUGGUAUAAUUGGAGAUUUGUUUGGAGGAAUUUAUGCGACCCGUGUUGCUAAUUAUCUUGGUAUAUCCCCACAUGAGGGUGAUAUGGUGUUGUCUCCUGCUUAUUUAGAUUAUGACGCGAUGGCCAAACAUUGUUUUCUUUUGAGGAAUGAACAAUUCUUUCAGUAUAGACUAAUCUUUGACAGACGUCGCGCUGUCCAUGUUACUCUCCCUGCUCCUUCCCUUUUUGAUUACCAGGCAAAAUGAAGAUAUGUUGUUACAAUGGAGGAGGCAGUUGAACACGAGGGGAGAGCGGAGGCAGCUCGCCAACAUGCUGCAGCUCGGGAGGCAUUGGCUGCUGCAUCUCAGUACGACCCCGGUUAUAACUUCGGAUAUCAGCCAGGCUAUCCUUGGCAUUAGACCAACUUAGGCCAAAAGCCUAAGCUUGGGGCAGUACGUAUUUCUCACCGACUUUACAUUCAUGUUCACACACUAUUCUAGUUGUCGGUGCUCAUACUCUUUCAUUGUA